ACAGUCACCAAAAAUGGCGUCUGCAUUUCAAGCAGCGUGUCGGAUUGUAGUCAAAGUUCCUGAGAAUGGCUGGGCUAACAUUGCAAGACAUUUUUCGGCAUCUACAACUUUGUCUCAACUUGCCGCUAGUGAGCCUAUAUCUAAAUCUGCAAGUAACAGGAAGGUGACGAUGAUACCUGGUGAUGGUGUCGGUCCUGAAUUAAUGUCAUGUGUACGAGAAGUUUUCAAACAUUCAGGUGUACCUGUCGAAUUUGAACAAGUAUUUGUUAGUGAGGUUCACAGCCACAGUGCACCAAUCAGUGAGAUAUUUGAUUCCUUCAAAAGAAAUAAUGUUGGUCUGAAAGGACAUAUAGAAAGUCCAUUCCAUGACAAAGGAGAAUUGCAGACUCUCAAUAUGAAAAUAAGGAAAGGAUUGGAUUUAUUCGCUAAUGUUGUUAAAUGUCGUAGCAUUCCUGGUUUGAAUACAAAACAUAAUAAUUUAGACUUUGUAGUGAUUCGAGAACAAACAGAGGGGGAGUACAGUUCAUUAGAACAUGAGAGUGUGACAGGUGUUGUGGAGUGCUUAAAGAUAAUCACUAGAACUAAAUCCAGAAGAAUUGCCAAGUUUGCCUUUGACUAUGCCACAAAGCAUGGACGCUCCAAAGUCACUGCUGUACAUAAAGCCAACAUCAUGAAACUAUCUGAUGGCCUAUUUUUACGAAGUUGUCAAGAGAUCUCAGAGCUCUACCCUAAAAUCCAAUUUGAAUCUAUGAUCAUUGACAAUUGUUGUAUGCAGUUGGUUUCCAAUCCUCACCAGUUUGAUGUAAUGGUCAUGCCUAAUUUAUACGGUAGUAUAGUGGACAAUGUUGCUGGUGGUUUAGUUGGUGGCGCAGGGGUUGUACCUGGUGAAAGUUACUCCAGUCAAUUUGCCAUCUUUGAGCCUGGAGCUAGACAUACAUUCUCUCAAGCUGUUGGAAGAAAUGUUGCCAACCCCACUGCCAUGCUGUUAUGCGCUUCAAAUAUGCUGAGACAUAUAAAUUUGGAAUUUUAUGCCAAUGUGAUUCAGACUGCAGUGGAAAGAGUCAUCAAGACAGGAAAGGUUCGGACAAGAGAUAUGGGUGGCUAUGCUACAGCAUCAGAGUUCACAAGAGCUAUUAUCAAUAACAUCCGGCUUUAGAGCAAAUGUGACUAAAUUUGUUUGGAUUUAAACACUAUGCCAAUCUAUGAACAUUGUAUAUAUAUUUAUUGCUUUCAUGUUAUUUAAUACUAGCAAUUAUAUAACAACAUCAGCCCUCCCCAUUCUUUGUGAUUUUUGUACUUAAAAACCAUUCAAGAUUCAUUGAACAGUGCAGAAAAUAAUUACCGUUGGUAUUCUAAUUUAGUCGUCAUUUUUGGAACAUUUUCAAUUUCAGGUCCCUACAUUUGUAUAUUUUUUAUAGUCACUGUUGUCUUUUCAAAAAUACAAUGUUUAUUCCAGAUAGCAUGCAUGUGUAAACUGUGAAGUGUUAAAUGGUUCUUCCACUCAUAGUUUAUUUUCUAAAAAAAAGUCAACCUAAGUCAAUGGCAGAAAAUUGUACUUCAAUGACAAUGACAUCACUUCCACUUUUUUUCUGUAAAAUUUCAAUUGUCUGAGACUCCUAUUAAUAAAAAGUAUUUUAGGACAAAAUGAAGGCCUUCACAUUUGCCUGAAGCCUAAAUUAGAAUACUUACGAUAUUAUACAAAAUAUAAUACUAUAGUUAAAGCAGAUUUGUCCAUAUGUAGUCACAUUGCAUGAAUAAAAGUGUUCACUUCAAUGCC